AUGGCGCUACGUGUUGGGCAGACGCUUCGUGGAUCCAGGUGGGAUUACCUCUUGAUUGAGGCUCUCGGCAACCAGACCGUGAGAUCCAAUGUCUUCAAGGCCGAGAUCAUAUCGCGGGCGCAAUGUCAGCCUCCGGGAAAAUGGGCUGUUAUCAAGACGAGCUCAGAGAAGAUAAUUUUGAAGACGCUAAAGAACGAAUACAACCGUCACAUGAAUCCUGCCAUUCGCUCGUCGAAACACUUCCGAGCCAUGUACGACGCCGUCGAUAUCCACAACAGCUCGACGAAUGAGAAUCCGUAUUGCUUGGCCUUCGAAUGGAUGGAUUGCACUCUCAAGGACGUGUGUUCUGGAUCCCACGGUCGAAACUCUGCGUUGCACAAGAACAUUUCCGGAGCGGUCUUGGGGGCACUUGCUGAUUUGGAGUCACAACAACUCGUCCACACAGACAUCAAGAACGAUAAUAUCCUCAUCUCUGACCUUGACGGGCCAUCUCCAGUGGUGAAACUUGGAGACUUGGGACUAGUGAGGUCAGAGGGGUUCAACCGCUAUCCUCUUCAGCCAUUCGCUAUGCGCGCUCCUGAGGUCUGGUCAGGAAUAGGUUGCUUUCAUUGCUCCGACGUAUGGGCUUUUGCUGUCACGCUUUUCGAUUGGAUUGUUCCUUGUGUCUUCGGCGCGAACGACAUGCCCCAAGGCCACUGGCAGGAGGCGUGGGCGAUGGCAAAGCUAUUGCGGCUCUUUCCUGAUUCAGUGAAGGUUCAUCCCACCGAUCCCAACUAUCAAGAUUAUUUCGAGAUCGCCGAGCUCCUUGAAAAGUCGGGAUAUGGUGAUAGCGUAGAGCCGAGGUAUAUUGGAAUAGGCUCGUUUGAGGAGGAGCUCAAGAAGAUGGACAUACCGCUAGCGGUAUCCGAUUUCUUGCGCUACCUGUUCGUCGUCGACUAUACGCGGAGACCGACGGCUGUAGAUGCGCUGAAGUCGCAGCAAUUUCAACGUCUUCGCUAAGGGUCUUACCUCUGUACCAUAAUGCAGCCUUGACUCAGGUCGGAGCAUGAGCAGC